AUGGGUGAAGUAUUUCUGAAUCCGGCAUUUGAUUCAUCCGAUUCUGACUCGGAAUUAUCGUAUUCGAGUCGUUAUCGAUCCGUUUCACAUCAUUCACUACCACAUCCACGAUCUCGACAUUUUCCUGCAUAUAUCAUCCGUGGUGGUGGUGGUGGUGGAGGUGGCAGCACAGGCAGUGAUGGAUAUAGCAGAGUGUCGUCCACCUAUUCGACCGUCGGUCUUCUUCAAUUAAUUGGGCCAGACCUUCGUCAAUCGUUAUCAGGUCUUUUGAUACCGUCGGAAGCGAUUGUUUUAGAAGCUAUCGUAGGGAAAGGUGAGUCAGACUUUUUUAAAUUUAUUUUAUACCCAUACAAUGCUCACAGAAAUAGCUCUGACCGAACUCUGGUCGAUUGUUGCUGCUCAUAA